AUUAGUCCUGAUCAACGUAUUGUCCAUGAAACACUUUCCAUUCGAAUAUUUUUAAAAAAUUAUACAUCACAAAAUACAUGUCUCGAUUGUUUUUCUAUUAAAUUUAAUUCUAAAAGAAAGUGAGACGGGUGAUCUGAGUCGAGUCGCCAAUUUCUUGCAUAUUUUUUAUUAAAUUAAUAGUAAAAGAACUAAGAAGUGACGAAAGAGCGCGCCGACUCGCCCUAGGUAGAUUAUAUUUAUAGCCGACGCGUACCGAGUCGUGGGCUUUUCCAACAGAGUUUUCCCCCACCCAGAUUUGGUUCGACAAUCUUGAUCGGAGCGGCAAGUCCGCCGGAAGAGGCAGCGUUUCUACGCCCCAAAUGGCGCCGCCGCCACCUGCUCUCUCCCGCCUCGCUCCUUCCCUCCUGAGACUCUCUGAGCUCUGGAUUCUUCCCGCCUCACACUCGCGGAAUCUCUGCACUGGUACUUCUUCCACCAAUGAACCCGACGACGGCAUCUUCUCGGCCGAAACGGAUUUCGACCGCCGGGAAACCACCGUCGACGAUCGAUGCCCGUCAUCUUCUCCGACCACCGAGGGUCUGAACCGUAGCCCCUUCCCUUACCGCCUCGAGAACGGCAUGGAUGUCGGUAUUUACAAGGCAAUCUUGGUGGGGCAGGUUGGGCAAGCGCCUGUACAGAAGAAGCUGAAGAGCGGUCUCACGGUAACGCUCUUCUCGAUUGGGACCGGCGGAAUCCACAACAACCUAGGGUCCUUUGAUGGCAGGAGCCCUAUUGAGGAUCCUCCAAGGUGCACGGUCCAGUGGCACCGUGCUUGCAUUUAUCCGGAACCCUUGGGUAAAGUUGCUAUGGAGCAUGUGAAACCAGGGUCAAUUUUGUAUAUUGAAGGGAAUUUGGAGACGAAGGUCUUUAAUGAUAAAAUAACAGGUGUUCCUAGACAAAUAAGAGAGAUCGCCAUUCGUAGAGACGGUCGAUUGGUAUUUUUGGAAAACAAAAGGUGAUAUUGGUGAGCCGUCUUCCUGAGGAGCUGCGGCAUUGGUAAAGAAACUCCACUCUCCUUUUCUUCGAGGCAUUGGCAAGAUCAAAGCUUGUAUCUCUAUCUUUUCUAUGCAAAAACCUUGUGUACUGUAAGGAGAAUCACAAUGAAGACAUGGGUGACCCGUUGAGUUUAAGAAAUUUGCCUUCUGGUGCAAUUCACGCCCGCCUCCCUGGCUAUGAGAGUGCAGGUCAUCGCUGAAGCUAAGGCCAAGGUGUUCGUUUGGCUUGAUUUGCCUGUAUCUCAAACGGGACCGCUUCAAUUUGGAUUCCGAGGAGUAACAUCUCGUGUAUUUGUAAACGAAUGAAAAGAGUACAGGAAGCGAAUGGUGUAACGUAACUCUUAAACGCGUACCUUGACUCUCUGUUCUAGAAAAAGAAAGAAAGCGUACAUGACGUCGUUUAGAGGCGUUUAUCAUGUGAAUUUAUUUGUUAGACUUCUCUCUCUCUAUAUGCGUCCUUUUGUUUGUUUGUUUUUUGUAUUUUGUGUUGUAUUCCUUUGCGUCUUCCUUUUUUUUUUUUAACUUCUUGUCACAAUUUUUGCUAAUGAAUUUCUCAUUUUAUCCUCUU